UGGACAAAGUCGACACAGAAACGCAACUCGGAUCUUCCUGAGCGGUCGCGGAACCAGAUAAAAUCCAUUCUUAAAGUCAUCCCUUGAGAGACGGAUCUCCAUGCGAUGCAGGCUGGAUGUUCCUCCAGCCCAGACGGGGCCACUGCUCCAGUGUCUCAUAUUAAUGGAAUACCAAUCCCAACUGGGACCAGUACAGAGCACAGAGCCCUGUCCUGCCUAACGGGCCGUCACAAAGCCCAUGCACAACUCCAAGAACGUUCCAGGACCUCAGCUCCCUUUCCAGCCUGCCAGCUAUCUACAGACAACGUGUUUGCAGUUGGAGAAGCCAAGUCACUUACAACUACUGAAAUCUGUGAGUUGAUUGCAGACAAAGUUUCCAAAUAUAGGUCAACUUUCUCUGCUCUUCCCAACGAGAGAUUCCCUACUAACUCCCGGUCCCUGGCUGGCUGCACCGCGCCACAGUCCACCCCCACAAUCACACCCUUGUGCAGAGAAGAUGGGAGAAGCCUCGCAUGUUCUGUGCUGAAGCCGAGGAUUACAACGACCGCUCAACCGCUGGAGGACCGUUUGAAGAUCAGCAAAUCAAAUUCUGAAUCCAAUCCCAAGCCUAAAGAGAGAGAUGAUUUAUCUGCAAAGAAGCGUUCACCAGAAUAUCCACAAAUCUUGCGGGAAGUUUCCGGCACUUGCACCAAGAACCAGGACAGAGGUCCAGUGAUUGUUCCAGUGAUUGUUCCUGACGGUUCUGGAGGGACCGGGGGUCCAACGGCUGGGAAGUAUCCCGGUUUAACACUCACCUGCAGCUCAUCAGAACACAGGUCUGGGUUAAAUGUACAGAAUAAUCUGGAUAACAGCGUGGUUACCAGAAACAAUCUGCUACCUGUUAAACAUGUAAAAGAUCCGUGCUAUGAAGACGUAUCAGAAGCUGAAGAUUCAUCAGAGAUGAUCACCAAACCACCAAAGGCACAGCUGUAUAAAUCUACAAGUAAAGAUGGAAACGUAUCUGUACCUUUACGUGAAGUAUAUGAGCCGAGCAUUAAUCAGAUAAAACCUGGUCAAAUUCAGUCUUUUUUGUCUUGGGAAACCAGUUCCAGAGAGGAUUCCUCACUCAGGCAGAACAUGGAUGAUGAAGGGGUUUGCUCUUCCCCAGGUUUUCCUGCUGGUGCUGGUUCUGAUGACCAGUCGUGUGUUGAAUGUGGCCGUGGAAGAGAAUCAGGACACUUGUGUCGUCUCUGUUCAGGUUUAGAAGACACGCCUGACGGUGCUUGGGAAGUUAUCCCAAUAAACAUUUUAAGCCUUACAUUUGAAGAAGAGGAGGAAAAGUGUGUACCUGUAAAUGCUGAUGGAAGGAGACUGAGCUCAGCAUUCAGCGAACCGUCACAGAACCAAGUACUAACCUCUGCUUUUCUGCAGCUGGACAUUUUUGACACACCAGCUCAGCAAAAACUAGCUCUAAAAUUAGGCCAACUUUCCUUUGUAGCUCCAUCUUCCCGUAUCAGUAAAGAGCAGGGAUUAGAUCCGCUGGAGAGCGGGACUGAGUUCUGCUCCGAGCCUGGAGACGCCUGGGAAAUGUAGUUGUUACUCUGAAAUAAUUGUCACAAACUUGCAUCUAGUGCAAGAACAUGUAACAAUUCAAGAAAAUAUGUUGUAGGUAAUAUUAACAUUUGCAGAAAGACAAAAAAAAUGAAAGGUCAUUCUUUCCGUGCACAGAGAGCAGUGAGGGAGAAAGUACGGUGGCCGAGACCCGCCAUUGCUGCAAAUAAAAGUAACGCUGCAAAUAAAAUAAACACCGCUGCAAAUAAAAAAAACGCUGCAAAUAAAAUAAACACCGCUGCAAAUAAAAAAAACGCUGCAAAUAAAAAAAACGCUGCAAAUAAAAUAAACGUCGCUGCAAAUAAAAUAAACACCGCUGCAAAUAAAAUAAACGCCGCUGCAAAUAAAAUAAACACCGCUGCAAAUAAAAUAAAUACCGCUGCAAAUAAAAUAAACACCGCUGCAAAUUAAAGAAACGCUCCAAAUAAAAUAAACGCUACAAAUAAAAUAAACGCUGCAAAUAAAAUAAACGCCGCUGCAAAUAAAAUAAACGCUGCAAAUAAAAUAAACGCUGCAAAUAAAAUAAACGCCGCUGCAAAUAAAAUAAACACAGCUGCAAAUAAAAUAAACGCUGCAAAUAAAAUAAACGCCGCUGUAAAUAAAAUAAACGCUGCAAAUAAAAUAAACGCUGCAAAUAAAAUAAACGCCGCUGCAAAUAAAAUAAACACAGCUGCAAAUAAAAUAAACGCUGCAAAUAAAAUAAACGCUGCUGCGUUCAAUAAUGCCAAGAAUAAUCUAAAGCGUGGGUAACAAUAGUUAUUUAGAUGAAUGUGAAGUUGAAGCUGUGUGUGGUGCUCACGGACUUCUCCUCUCACGUAAAAAAAACACUGGUGCAUCAGUAAAAACAGUCCCCGGUAAUUCACUUCCGUUGUGGCUUUUUUAUUUGCGUGGUUUUUUUAUUUUAUUUGCAGCGGCGUUUGUUUCUGUUUGCAGUGUUACUUUAUUUGCAGCAAUGGUGGGUCUCGGCCACCGUAAGAAAGUUGUUCCAAAACAGGAUAUAUUCUCUUCAAAACUGUGAAUACCUGCUAUCCAUUCCUUUGGACUUCAGACUUCAUGAAGAAUUCAUGCACAGUUAAGGUUGAAACCUCUCAGAAGGAAUGUAAAA